UACACAUUGUAGCGCUCGUAGCUUUUCCAGCAGACUGCCCCCUUUUUUCAGAACAAGCGUCUUCCCAAAAGUUGCUAGUCGAGGACCACGAAUGGAAUAAAACGCCGUUUUUUCGCUGCUUUCGUGGGGGAUUAGGCAGCCGACCAGACGAAUAUUUUUCUGGGCUUUUUUACCCUUCAAAUGAAGCGAUUGAGAAAUGCCUGUAGAAAUGCUACAUCCUGACCCGAUGCCUCCGUAGUUGCUCCGACAGCGAGCCAAGUCUCAAACGUCUCUGUCCAUCCGCAGCCUGACCUGCCCCAGGGUCCAGCGAUGUGGAUCUGCAUGGUUUACAACGAGACGGAAACCAGCGUGGACUUCCGCCUGUGCCAGGACUUUGGCCUCAUCCUGUCCGUGCUGUCCCUGGUCUACCUGCUGGUGUGCUUUCCAUUGGGUCUCUGCUACAAUGUGCUGCUUGUGGUCGUCAACCUCUCCAACAAGGUAUCCAUGACUAUGCCCGACGUCUACUUCGUCAACAUGGCCAUCGCGGGCCUGGUGCUCAACGCGGUGGCACCCAUCGAGCUGCUGAGCUCCACUUUUACCCGCUGGCACGCAUGGGAAUACACAAACGAGGUCUACAUCACACUGCUUAUCCUCUUCAACAUUUCCUCGCUGGUCAUCAUGUACUCCACCACGCUGCUCAGUCUGGACUACUACAUCGAGCGCGCCCUUCCGCGCACCUACAUGUCCAGCGUAUACAAUACCAAGCACGUAUGUGGCUUCAUCUGGGGCGGCGCCGUGCUCACGAGCUUCUCCUCGUUGCUCUUCUACGUUUGCAACCAUAUCUCCACCAAGAUGGUGGAGUGUUCCAAGAUGCAGAACAAGGAGGCGGCUGACGCCAUCAUGAUGUUCAUCGGUUACGUGGUGCCUGCCGUGGCAGUACUGUAUGCCUUCGCUCUUAUCCUGCGCAUCCGGAAGGAGUCCACGCCGCUGGACCAGGACUCGGCCCGCUUGGACCCGUCCAUCCACCGCCUGCUGCUAGCCUCCGUGUGCGUGCAGUUUGUGCUUUGGAGUCCCUACUACGUGACGCUCCUUGUCCACACGGUGGCUGGGGCGCCAGCGUACGUAGGCGGCUCGCGCUAUCUGCCCACCUACUACUUCCUGCGUUGCGUGUCCAAACUGAUGGCGUUCUCCAGCAGCUUUGCCAUGCCGCUUAUGUACCGCCAAAUGAACAAGAACUUCUCCAACAAGCUACGGCGGCUCCUGGCCAGGCUACGCUGCCGGGACCAGUCCUGCCCCCAUGAACGCUCCACAGUGCAGCAAGUGGUCACGUGAAACUUCCCCACCACACUUUUCCCUCAGCACUUAUCUCAUAACCCUCCAGAGCCAGUAUCUCACCGCCGCGCCCUCGCCAUUCUGGACUGCGUUAAAGCGCGACAUAGAAAACUGUGGAAUUUCCUGUCACCUUCCGGAGCACGAUCCAACGGAUCCAAGAAACCACUAAGUGCUGCCAUUUUGAUGUGUGUGCGUGUUGUGUGUGUUUGUGACCAAGGGAAGUUCUCCACUAAGUCACUUUGGCUGCAGCUCUUAGCUCCUCAUCAUUGCAGUGGUCUGACAUCCAGGCAAUGUGAUGAACGUUCGAAUGUCUACGUACAUUCGCUAAGCUCUUCUAUAUGACCAAUCUCCCCCGAGUUAAUCGGUUGGGGAACGACAUAUGGGACUAUGAAAUGAAGUAAUUGUGCGGGGAGAACAUUAGCUAGCUAUGUUCACAAAGCACUAUGUUUAACAAAGACAAGCUGCUCGGCCUAUAAAUUAACUCCAACGUGACUUGAAGGUCUACUGUUGGAUUCAACUUUUACUCUGCUGCCAGAAUUCCAUUGUGAUGGAGCCAGAACACUGCCAUUAAACUUUAGCAUCAAAAAUAAAUGUUGGCAUUCUAGGAAAGAGCCGUAAGCCGCUCCACUCUUUUUGUGAAACCUUGAAAUGCGUUCACGCCAAAAUUGGAUUUGAUUGAAAAACCGAAAAAGAAACUGAAAAUGUGACUUCAUACUGUAGCUUGAACAGGCUUCAGUUUAGCUGUGAGCGCUACACACAAUGGAUGGAUAAUGUGCCUUUGAGCGUUGUGAUCUUUUUCUACCAUGCCAACGAUUGUUUCAAUGCCAAAAACUUAACGGCACUGUUUUGCAUUCAUGCAUAUUUAGCCUAUUUUUGGUUUUGUAUUAGAAGGUUACUUUUAGAAUUUCACUUUCCCAAAUGACUUCACGUCUGAAUACUGAAUCUGACACCCUCAUUGUUAAAGGUUCAGACAUAACCGCUUUACCUCAUUAUGCAGAAGGUGAUCAAUUUGGCUCCAGCGCAAGCUUCUCAGCAUUCAUUUUGGUAGCAUUUGCUACCCAGGCUUCUAAUUGAGAAAGGCUUACUAUUAGUCAUUUUUGUUUGCUUAUAUUUAGUUAAGCACUUUUUUAAAAAUGAAAACAGAAAUGCAGUGGAACCUCCAAAGUCGAACAUAAUUUGACGUAUAAUUUACUAAAGUGUUAAGAAAAAUUGCAAGUUGCACCUGACUGUUGUACUUGUAAAAAAUUACUACAGUGUAUAAUUAUUGUGUACUUACUAGUUAUACAAUAGCCCCGCCUCCAAAUCAUUUUGGACCACACCCCACUCUAUAUAAUGAUACCCCCUUUUUCUAAGCAGUGUAGAAAUGUUUUUUUGAAGUUAACUUGAUACAGAAAUAGCCUAUUUGAAUUUUUUUUAAUAAACAAAGAUAUCAACUAACAAUCCUGCCAAAAGAUGUUCAAUAUAAAAUCUCCAGCUACUGAUUUACAAAAUUACAGCUAUUGAUUUUUGUGGACGACAAUGGACAGGCAGUGAUUAUUCAUUCCCUCCCAGUUCGAAUGGAUUGGACAUCUAUUGCCAUCAAUGGAAGCUGAUUUGUUAAACCUAAAGCUUGCAUUUUAUUUUAUUUUUGUUUGUUUGUUGCACUUUUCUUUCUUCACCCGCCUGUGUUGGUUUUACAAAACAGCAAAAGCCAAAGAAAAAGGCAAACGGUGCUUUUUAGGUUUGUUCGACUUCAGGAGGUUCCACUGUACAUCGUGAAAAAUUGACACUUUUUGAGAGAAAUCUUAUGUGCUCUUAUUAUAGCCCUUUAUAAAACAUAUCCUAUCAGUUAAUCAUUAGCUGCUCAAAGUCCACAGUAGCUGUCCAUACAAUACAGUCUCCUGUAUAUGUUGACUACGAUUCACUUUGGUUAAAAAUGACACUUGCCCACUAAGCAAAACGAGUCCCUGAUGACUCCAUUUAUUUCCCUUACAAACUGCUGUUUGCCCCACUGAAUUUAAUUUCAAAUGGACGACAAUCAUUUUGCCCAUUUUCCUCAUCUUAUCGCCGCAGCACCACCUCUUGGACAAAGAAAUAAUUUUAUUUGGAAUUCUGGCUUCAUACAGUAUGUGAUCAAGCUUACAGUUUUGCUUUGCAGCUUCCAGGUUCAGUUAUAUUCACAUUUACCCGGUAAUGUUUUUACUCUCAACGGCAAAACCUCAUAAGGUCCAAACGUGUCCUCUCAAGCUUUUCCCCUGUAUAUAAGUGAACAUGAUGCGAAAUGAAUAUGUAUAUAUUGUAAACGAGAGAUAUACUGUACUGUAAGGUGCUUAUUCAACACGUACAGAUUUUUUUUUUGUCAGAGAUUUAUCUAGAUUCUCUAAGUAAUCUACUGUCAUCUGAGUCAAAGACUGAAUAAACAUUAAACUAACAAGGAUUGCCCUUUGCUUGCGUAUCUGUCACUUUAUUAUCAUUUCAUGCAUUAAUUUGGAUUUCAAAAAAUUUUCAACCUUUACAAGGAACUCAUUUAACUUAGUGGCUGCCAUUGGUGGCGUUAGAUGUCCAAUCCCUUUAGACUGGGAGGGACCAAUGAACGAACUCCCAGUCAAAAUGGAUUGGACGUCUCGCGCCGUCAGUGCCACUGAAACAUGAGCAUUCACAGCCAGGCUUCCCAGUUUAAAUGAAUUUAAAGUAGGCCUGAACGAUAUUGGAAAAAACUAUUGUUGCGAUUUUUUGGGGGUUUGCGAUAUAUUGCGUUAUUAUAUUGCGAUAUUAAAAAAAAACUAUAUAUUUUUUGGAAGAAAUUUUCACUUGAUGACUUGAAUAGCUGUUUGGAAAGACUUUGGAUGACUCACCAUCACCACAGUGUACAGUGAUCCCAUUCUUUUUCGUGGUUAAUGGGGACCAGAACCCGCCGCGAUAAGUGAAAAAUCGCGAAGUAGCGCACCCCUCCAAUUUUUUUUUUUUUUUGGUGUGUUUUUUUGUGCUCAAUGUAUUUACAGUGGUACCUCGACAUACGAUCGCUUCGACACAAGAUCUUUUCGACAUCCGACGUAAAAUUUGACGCGCCAUUUGUUUCUACAUCCGACGACAUGCUCUAAAUACGACGACACGACAGCAACGUAAACGAACUCACGGCGGAUUUUCUUGUGUGAGAAAUCAACACAGGUUUCCAAAAAGUUUGUACAGUUGGUGAAACAAGGAAAAAAGUGAUGCUUACCUUUGAAAUGAAGAUGCAAAUUAUAGAAAAAUAUGAGCGUGGGGUGCGCAUCCGUGAGCUGGCUCAACAAUACAGCUCCACGGUCCUCUUCCGACCACCGUUCGCCAGUCUUUAUAAGUUAAGGUGACAAUUAUUAUUGUGGUAACAUCGCCAAAGAAAUCUCCAGCUUCGUCACGUUUUUAUAAUUUAUUUAAGAACUUAUUCAACACAAAACGCCCAUUGCCCUCUGCAGUUGACUGUGCUCUCAAGAAAACGAAAGUAUUAUCUCUACCGCACUGACCUAUCUCACUGUGACGUCAGCCCCGCGGUGCAUUCAGGUACAGCAAAAAGUGUCCGCCACAUUAGAAUCCAAUUUGUUACAUUAUUAACGGAAUCAUUUUUAUUUUAUUAUUAUUAUUAUUAUUAAUAUUAUUAUUAUCAUUAUUAUAUUAUUCUGAUUUUUAUUAAUAACUUAUUUAUUUUGCUAUGUUUAAUUGCCAUUUAUAAUAAUUGUACCAGCAGUAUUUAUUAUGGAUUUAGUGAAGGUUUUUGGGUGUGGAACGAAUUAAUGGAAUUUUAAUGUAUUCCUAUGGGAAAAUCCUGCUCGACAUACGACCAUUUCGACUUAGAAACAAGGUCUUGGAACGAAUUAACUUCGUAUGUAGAGGUACCACUGUAUUCAGAUUUAGCAUUGGAAAGAGAUACAUAUAAGACGUGUUUUGUCUCACUUUUUCCCCCAAAGUGAUUUAAAAAAUGUAUAUAAAAUGGUUUUUAAGCACUUCAUAUGUCAAAAUUAUGAUCAGUUUUAAACAUAACUGUCCAACCAAAUCAUUUUUGAACAAGAAUAAAGUACUGGAGUGGAUAACUGCU